AUUAGCAUAGGAACACUAAUGUCUCAACUAUUGUUUCAACCGAGAUAAAGUAAUGAACGGACCGCCUCUCAUGAGCUGGGGUCAUAUGAUUUCGAUGAUGUGCUGGUAGUUUCAUAGAAAUGUCAAGUUUCUCCAGAUCUGCCCAGCAAUGGGCGACCUUCGCUCGUUCCUGGUUCCUGAUCGAUGCCAGACAGCAGCCCCCCGGGAAGAUCGCGACCAUGUGUUCUGUUAGAUUGCAGGGGAAACACAAGCCUAUCUACCAUGCACUAAGUGACUGUGGUGACCAUGUAGUAGUUAUAAACACCAAACACAUAGCUUUCUCUGGAAACAAAUGGGAGCAGAAAGUCUACUCAUCACACACAGGCUAUCCAGGUGGGUUCAAACAGGUCACAGCUGCACAGCUGCACCAAAAAGAUCCAAAAUCUAUUGUAAAGUUAGCGGUUUACGGCAUGCUGCCAAGGAAUCUCGCACGUCGCACGAUGAUGCAGCGGUUACACAUCUUUCCCGAUGACGAGCUGCCAGAAGACAUCCGGGCCAACCUGACAGAGGAGCUGCAGCAGCCCAGAGAAAUCCCCAGGAAACUAAGCGAGUACACGCAGGAGGAGAUCGACGCCUUCCCCAGGCUGUGGACACCACCUGAAGACUACAAGAUGAAAUGAAAGCAAGCUUUUCCAACAUGACCGAAACUUUGGCUAAAACGUUUGGAAAGGAUUUAAAGCUGGACUGGACGGGAAGGCAGGACUCAUAACCUAGAUGCCAGUAUAAUGACAGUCAACCUGAAAUAGUCACAAUGAGACAACAAGUGGCUCAGCGCCGAUCAGACAAAAUCUGAUUGUGUUUUUCCUUCUGGGUAUACAACCAUGAAAUGAUCAGAUCUGGCCCAUGAAAAUCUGGUAAAGCAGAUCCUGCUAUUGGUUUUAUAAUGUGAAAGAAAAAAUGUAUUGUGCAAGUUGUAAAAUAGGCUAAUAAACAAUUUAAUAAACCA